AUGGAACUGCGCUCAGCUACUCGGAAAAAACGACCGACUGCCAUCUCGAGCCCUCGACGUCGCACGAAACCCCGGAAAGUAACGACUACUGGUCCAAAAAAAGCACGCGCUCGGUCACAAGCAGCCCCAACCGCUACCGUGACGCCAACACCCACCCCCACUCCAGAGCCGACACCCACCCCAGAUCCGACCCCCCCGCGGUACAGCCCCGACUGGGACCUUGACGACACCGAGUUCCAGCCCGAGCGGGAGCAAUCACACUCCCCAACACCUGCCUUGCUGUCCGAGGAGGAGCCAUCGAGUGAUGACGAGGCCCCGAAUGCAGGCUCUCCGAGCUCUGAUUCGCGUCAGGCUCGCAACGCCCGUGGAGCCGCGUGGCUCCCGUACCAGGACCGACUGCUGGUGGAGCAGGUCGAGGUGCUGAGGCCAUUCGAUGCUGGUCGCGGCGCUGCACUGAUGGCAGCUUGGGAUUCGCUCUCUGUUCAGCUGGCCAGCGCAAGUCGAAUCAAAGGGAAGGAGAUUUCGAAGUCGGGGAACGCGUGCAAGGCCCGAUUCCUCAAAUUAUUGAAGGCACACAGGGCAGACGAGACGCGCUCGCUGCAGAAGACCGGGACGAAUGAGGAGGUCGACGAGCAUGUACAGCGCUUAACCUCGAUCAACGAGCUCUAUCACGAGCAAGAGCUGCGCAAAACGGACAAGUCGACGGCAGCGCAGAAGAAAGCAAAGGUCGAACAGGAUGCGGCGCUGGAAAUCCGAGACGCGGCCAUGCGAGGUCUUGUUCGUCGUGAAAAUCUCACUGACGUGGCUCAGUUGGACAGCGCCUCCGUCCGCGAGAAGCAGGGCCAGCGCCGACGAAAGUGCUGUCAGGGGAAACCCUGA